GCGGAGGGAGCUGCGGGGAUGGGGAGGCUGGGGCUGCUUUUCUUCUGAGAUGUGACGUGUUUUGAACAAAGCGAGAUGUUGUGAAAUGUCCCGGUUGUAUUGGUUUCACUAACUCUUUGUGCUGGGAAAGGACAAAUCCGUGUUCAGCCCCCCAGAACAGGGCGGGGGGUGGGGGGCCGACAGCCCCCUCAGUGAUUCCUCCGCAGCCCUGGGAACUGCUCGUGCUGCGGUGCCGGGAGGUCAGGAACCCGGAUAUCAGCACCGCUGAAACGAGGAUAUCCUUCUGCCGCUGCUUUUACAUUUAAAUCGGUCUUGGGAUGUUUGUUCUUGUUCCAUUUUUGGUAUGGAAAACAUCCAGAACAGCUGAAUUUUUGCGAAAUGGAAAAUGUGCUUCCUCCCGCCCAUCCCCUGCAGCAGGGUUCUGACUACUGUCCCCUGGUUGUGCGGCGCGAGGACGCAGGGAGGAUCGCCCUCCCCCUGUCCCCUCUCCGUCUGCCGCUGUGCAACGCGGGGCUUCCCGGGGAGCUCCGCAUCGCCGGCCCGGGGGGAGCGCCGACGUGCAAAGUCCCCCAAAUCAUGCAGCAUAGGCGGCGCAUCUCUGUCAGAUGAAAUGUUUGGUAUUGUUCUCUGGCAUCGUGUGCUUGGCAGGUUUGUUCCAAUUCCCUCCCAAUUCCUAGGAAGAAUAUUACCUGCAGGGGAUGGGGAUAUUUGCAGGUGAGGUGUUGGCAGUUCCACGAUGGAGCCUUAUGUUGGGAUUUGCAAAGGGACCGGAUUGCCCAGAGUGUUGUUCGUGGCUUGUGAGUACACUGAUGCAUCAAUACAUGAGCUGCAUCAGCUGAAAACGGGGUUCGCUGCUGCUUGGGGAUAAAUAGAAAGCCCUGAAAAGAUGAAACAUCCACAGGAAAUAGCAAAAGAGGAGGGACUGAGAUGCAGGUGUGAGCCUCUGUGGCCACUUUUGCAGGUGCUGGGGAAUGCACGGCAGGAGAUCUGCCCACAGGGCACCGCCAUGCUCACGGUGUACCCUGAGGGCUCCCAAACUGUGGUGCCCCUCUGUACAUGUGGUUUUCUGUGCCUCUGAGGCAUGAUCCUGCUGCAGGGCAGGAGGCUGAAGCAGCUUCCUCUGGGGAGGUCUGAUUUUGGGACUCUGGGUGCUGGGUUCCAGGGCAGGCUGCAGGACAGAACCAGGGGCCACAGUGUGAGUCGUGGGCAGUGGUGGAUGGGGGCUGAGGGCAGCACAGAGCCCUGCAUAGGUAUGGAAGGUGUCUGGCCAUGGGGCUCUGCAGUUCUACUGGCAGUGUCAUAGUGCGAGGUUAAGAUGAACUUAACCUUGAAGCGAGGGGGGAAGGGUUCUUUGGGUGAGGUGGUGGAUCUGGCAGUGUUUGGAGCCUUCAGACUGAGGUAUCUUUUUAGGAUCUGUACUUCAGUUCAGCAGCUUGAAGAAGUUCUAAGGAGUGCAGAUGCAGGAUCCCCUUGGCCUUUUAAUUUGUUAGUCUGCUUAUUCCUUCACAUCAAGAGGGUGAGUUGUGCUGCAGUGUCCUGAGAUAUGCACAUCACUCAUUCAUUUGGGUACAGUGAUGGCUGCACCCAGUUCUCACACUACAGGGCUGUGGGUGAUCCCUUGUGCUGUGCAGGAAGGGUGCUCUCUCUCAGUGCGCAAUUCACCCACCAACUGCAGUUCUUGUUUUCCUCUGCAGCACCAGCAAUGAGCCAGGUGAGGCUGAUUGCAGUGGGAGGUCUGGGGAGAUGGGAGUUGAUGGCCCUACCAAGAGCCAUCUGAACCCCAAGAGGAGUUUCUGAUCAUGGAAGAUGAAGGAGAAGCAAUUGGGAGAGCAUCCAGAGAAGAGAAGCCCAAUGCAGUGGUAUGAAGGAGUCCUGAUGGCUGGCCUGGGAAUUGCAGAACAAAUGGGAAAUUUUAUUGUUGGCAUUUGUGCAUUAGGAUUCUUUGUUUCUGGGUUGCAUUUAAGGAUGUUGUAUUUAAGGAAAUGAAAUCAAGUUGUUUGUUUGUUUGUUUUGUGGAUUUUUUUUUUCCUUAGUCUCUGGCUGCUAUUAUUACAAGGUAAAACAAGAGAGCUACUAACAUGACUAAUUAAAGGGCAGUAGUGUGUCGUUCCCCUGGGCUAAUUAUUCUGUAGAAAAUGGGUCAAUUACUUGGAUAAAUUGUUUGCCAGCAGGAGGCAGGAAAAGGCCCGCUGCUCCCUGUAGAAUGCUGCCUAUCUCCAGGUGAAGGCUUUGGCGAGUUGCUGGAGGCCAAGGUGUUCAGAUGCUUAGUGCAGACCAGGCAGGGAGUGGAAAUGUCUCACACUGUACAGCAGAAAUAAUGGUCCUUGCGUUUUUGUGACAACACAUGAAACAGGAGCAUCCAGAUGGUAUCUGAGCUCUUGGUGAAAAGACUGUGCAGGCAGCCAGAACAAGGCUAGUGAAGGCUUAGGCUUUCUGGACAGAUGACCAACAUCUCUGCUCAUUUCUGAUUAGUCAGAGGUCAGAGUUCCUGGUGGGAAAUGAUGCUUCCAAUAAGAUGUGGUGCAAGAUAGAGCCUGGACAUUUCAUGGGCUGUUUAAAACAAAGCUGAAGGGCAUAUACCUGCAGGUAUAUACCGCUCUUUAACAUGUCCCCGUAGGCUAAGUAAAAGUUCAGCUGCUUUAGAAAUUUAUUUGUAGCCACAUCUGAAUGAGAUUGUCGUUCGUGUAUGAGUUCAGAGGCGUCUAAUUGGUCUGUAUAAAAGAGAGUAGCAUUUUGUUACCUUUGUUUUGUUCUAGAUUUGUAUUGUUGCCAGCACAGAAGUUUGCCACAACCUUAUCUCAAUCCCCUCCGCCCUCGCAGGCUUCUGUCAAAGCUGGAUUAGAUUACAGAGAGAAUCUUCUCUACCACAAAUGUGUGCCGUCUUGCUUUCAUUGCAUAAGAUCCAAGCAUUAGGAGUCAUUGGAUAAGUGCUGAUAGCACGAACAGCAAAACAGGGAGGGCUCCUUCCCAGCUGCCCCACGCUCAGGUGCGCUGGUGCUGAGCCUGCACUGGGGCUGCUGCCAGGCACCGUGUUGUGCUUCUCGACUCAUGUGGGAGAUAACGAGGUAUUUCUGAUGGGGGAAGCUCUCUUCUUGUACAGACAGCUGUGACACAGCGUGCUCUCAAGUGCCUCUUUUCCUUGGUUUGUUUUUGCCCAGAAUAUAUGAGUGGGAGAUGGUCAGACUCACCCAGCUCCACCAGCUUAAUUUGGCUAAGAACUUCUGGCUGAACUGCAUCCAUACACAGCUCUAGGUGGGGUGGGUUCUUGCUGCGAUUGGUGGUGUUGGCAGAGCUGGGUGUGCACAGCCUGCAGGAUGCUCUUCAGCCGAGGGGUCCUCCUUGGAUCUUGGAUUGGCUGAGGCUCACGGUAAGGAUGUUUCCAGUAUGUCCCAGGAGAUAAAUGAUUUCUUUUUGUGAGAAAUGAUUUCUUUUUGUGAUGCCUGGUGUUUUCAAAAUGUGCAUGUGGUUCCCACUAGCGGCAUGAUAGGUGCCAUGUGAUUGGGUUUAUUUUGAUCCAGCAGGUCUUUCCAAGGCAGGUCUCUCUAUUAAGCCUUUAAUUGGUUGUGGACUUGCACAAGAGCUGCAGGAUGUAGGGCAGAGUUUAUAAAAUUGCUCUAAUGUCUACUAGCAAGAGAGGAGCUGCGGUGAAAGUAAGAUAAUUACUUGGUAGCAGUAUAGAGCUUGGCUGUCCUUGCUUGGGGUUUCUCAUUGCGGGUUAAUACUUUGCCAUGGGGAUGAGAUACUGGGUUUCCAAAACUUUACCUUUGGUUACUUCAGCUGACAGGAACUAUGUGCUGUAAGUGGAGCUCCAGGCAGCUGAGCUGCUUUCUGUGCAGUUGAAGACAGAGGUGCAUGUAUAAGGUAGACACUUUAUGUUUUAAUGGAAUAUAUCUCAUGGAUAUGCAAAAGAUCUAUCUCUAUGGUGCAAGUUCUUUUUAGAGCUGAUUAUAACCUUUUGGAAACAGUGCCUAGUUUUGAUAUUUGUAUUAUUAGCUAUUACUGCUCACUGCAAAGGCAGCUGAAGAUUCAAUUCUUUCAUGGAUUAGCUACAGUGUAAUUAGGUUUUCAAAGAGCAGAUCGAUAGGUACAACAUGUUCUUUUCUAAAAAUGCCAUGUAUGCACAUGUUCUGAUUUACCUCUGCUUUUUCGAAGUAGCAGCUCCAGGAGCUGCAGCAGUGCUUAGUACUGCAGCCUCAGGUUGGGGUAUGUACUGUGGAGUGGGGGGGAAUUUUGGAUUUUGUUUUCUUUUUUCUUUCCUAGGUGGUGAAAGUAGAUUCUCGUGUUAGAAUUGUAAUUUGCACGGUGUGAGACUGGACAGUCCUUGUUUCCCUAACAAUGUUAUGACAGUGACUAGAAUUUGCUGCUCUUCGGACCAGGGCUUAACAAUGUCUGGAGUACUAAAUAAGCUGUAAGUGCUAACAACAAUGCUUCCUCAGCAUCUUUCAUCUGAAAAUCUUACUGCUCUUAAUGAAUUUUGGUGCCUCUCUGUGAGGAAGGAAUUACUACUGUCAUUUCGCAGACAAGUGGAUAAAAUAAAAUGCUUUCAUAGAGACAUUCUGAAAGCCAUUUAUAUUCAGGAAUAUUAAUGCUUCAACUCGCUUUUGAGCUGCUAUAUCGUCUUUUCUCUUUUGCCAGAUACAGCUAUAGGUAUUAAUUUUGGUAGAAGUUUGGUAGAUUUAUUUUUUUUUUAAUUGGGUUAGGAAACAUGAAAGUGAGACAUUAUUAUGCAACAUCUCUAAGUGUGCAUGUGAUACUUGAAAAAUGGUAAUCAGAUAAAUUGCUAAGCAACUGUACCCUGCCUUCAGUUACCAAAAAGCCAGUGACUUUGCUUUCAUGAUGUAACAUGCUCUAUACUUCUCCAUGAAGCACGUGUAGGUGGAGUUCUGUGAGAGUUGCUCCUUUUAACUCCCCUCCUGCUUGACUGCCAUAUUGUGAGGUCAGGUUUGACCGUGGUUUUACAGAAAUGUAUUCACAGAACCUGAAAGCAACAGAACAAAUGUUAGAUGAGCUGUUCAAAAUAAUGAAGUGUAAGUAAGUGUGUAUAUAAGGAAACAGCCAUUCUCUCCCACGGGCCUUCACCAGCUUGUAAAAAGCAGGCCAUAGCUCAUCCCUGGGAACACGAGAGGUAAGAAAAUGAGUGAGAGACUGAUGUUAAAAGGCACACAUGAGGGAAAUGUGGUGAGCUGUGGGGAACCUUGAACACCACUGCGACCCAUUUGACCCGAGUGUUGAGAGAUGCAGUAAUGCACAAGAACCUGUAUGUAGAGCCAGCUGGUUCGUUCUCAUUGUCUUAGCAAGAAGGGAAUGGCAGGAACAUCAGCAGUGAAGUGUGCAUGUAGAAACAGUAAGUAGGAGUCCGAUAACAUAAGGCAGAUUUAGGGGAUUUUGUUUGAAACCUGGCUACCUGAUAGAUUACAGGAUCUGUCUUAGAAAUUCUGCAGGGUAACUGCAACAACAACAAAAUAGACUCUUGUUGGUUAUUCUAAAAUUCUGCUUCUUGUUGGUGACCAUCCACAGCAGCAUUUGCAGCUCCUGUGGCUUGUGGAGCACCUGCCCAAGGUUCUCCAGUUCUUGCUGGUGCCAGCGCUUUUAGGAGCACUCUGAGACUGAAGGCCUUCCAGAAGCCACAGUGUGCUGAUGUGGAGGUGUUUGGGAAAGGAUGCUCCUAAUCUUGAAGGUGCUUUGUUUUUUUGCAGGUGGCUGAAAGCUACUUUUUAUGGAGUUUUGCAAUCUUGUUGCUGUGCUCCUCUUCCAGCCCAGAUGUCAUCUCAUGGGAUGGUGCAGCCCUGCCUCCUGCCUUUGGGAGGGAGUGCCAUGUUUUGUGCUCUAAGUACCUUGAGUCUAGGGAUCCCAGAGCCUGGCUGCUCCAUGCGCAGUUGGAAACCCCAACCAAAGGACAGAGGAAAGGGCGUGCUGGGUUCAUUUGGGUGACAUCUGCAUCACCCUCCGUGGAGGUCUUGCAGGGGUUAGAGGGUGGGAGUGCAUUGCUGAGAAGUUCUUUGCUUUCUGCUUUAGAUAAACUGAGCCUGGGUGCUGCUCAAGGGCUUUGCUGUUGGUGGAACAUCUCAGUUUAAUUACCAGGUAGUGGCAUGGACCUGAGUUUCCUUCUCAAGUGCACUUUGCAAAUCAUGAAAAAGCAUAAGCAAACAGGUGAAGGAACACGCAAGUAGCCACUUGGCAGCCAAGAAUUUCAUUUCCAUCCAGUUCUCACUGGAUGAGUGCUGCUCCUUCGCUUACUGACGUGCAGCACUUGCCUGCUAGUGUUGGCAUCUGAGAGGAGCCCAAGUCUUGCAUAACAGUGGGCUUCAGAUUCUUUCUUCCUUUUUUUAUUGAAUGGCCGCACCACUGCUGAAUAUUUGUUGUAGUUGUUGAUUUUUGCUAAUACAAACAUUACACCUUUUUAAUCAUUAGCAUUUCUGUACAAAAAGUUCACUUAUCAUUUAUGUGACCUUUUCUGACCAGCCAAAGUGCUGUGAACUCCAAGGUCAAGCCUUUAUCUUCAGUGCUGCAUUUCUGCUCUUAUGUUACCACACAGUCUUUGCUAACAAAGAGUUUCUUUUUCUUUCAAGUGUAGAUACACGUGCGACUGACUGAAGCGAUGGUUUCUCAAACAUUUUGAGCUCAUAGAAAUGAAGGAGGCUUUUUUGUUUGCUUUUCUUACUGAAAAAAAGGAUCUCUUUCCUGCUGGGUGGAGGCCUGAAAGCCAGAUCUGAGAGGUGAUAUGGCUGAGUACAGGGAGGUUUUUGGUAGCAGCGUUCAGAUGAAUGGCAAAUCCCUUGAUUGGAGUUUCUGUGACACUGUGGGCGGCCGUAGGGCUGGUGCUAGCAAAAGGGCUGAGCUGCACAGCAAGGUGCAGGACAGGACAGAGCUGUCCCAGUGUUGUCCCCCUGCCAGGAGAAUUUCUCAGCUCCGCUCUGUCCUUCACUCCCAUGUCAAACCUUUGAGUAAGGAACGGAGCGCUCACACCGAGAUAUGUGGAACUCACCUGGCAAUAAAUAUACCCUUUUGAAAAUGUUGUACUUUGUUUUUUUUCCAGGGUGUGCCCAGCCUUGUGGCAAACAGUGGGUGUAUGUGUUUAUUAACUGGCUUCAGAGAUGGGAAGCAAAACAAGUGACCCAGAGCACAGCUUCUGGUUUAAAAGCAGUGGUGUGUUUUUUGGUUUUCAGGUUUGUGCCUUGAAGGAGUCAAGAGUGUUACAGCUGCUUAUUUUGUAUCAUUUUGUUCUCCUCUCUUUUAUAGAACAAAUUAUAGUCAAAUAGAUCUGAGUAUGUAAAAAGAGUUCUCAGUGUUAUUUAAAAUGCAUUUCUAGGAAAUACUUUUUGAAGUUUUGUGUGCACGCAUCUGAUAAAUAGCUCAGUAGAAACCUAUACUCUACUGUUACAAAAUGCAUACAGUGAAAAUAGCAUAUGUGUGAAUAACUUACAGGAACAUCAAGUUUAGAGCAAUUUAAUUGAGAGCUAAUAAACAACAGCCGCUCUUUCCAGUGUGACGUAUAAGUACCUGGCUGUUAAAAUAGCAGCUAUUCCUCAUGGUAAGAGAGGCUCCAAAGCAGACGUUAACAUCAAUGCACGUGCAGGAAGUGCUUGGUGUGUCUCAUGAUACUCAGGUUACAUUGAUUUAAUUAGUAGUUUUAUGCUAUUCAUCACUCUGCUGAUCUUGGUGGGAAGGUUUUGUUAGGGGAGCAUUAGUUAUUUAAUCUGCAUUUUUUUAUUGGAAUAUGUUUGUAGUUCAGUCUGAUCUAAAGGCAAAUGGUGUAUUUCUUCUAUUGUUUGUAUUGUAUUUCUUUGUUUUUAAGAGAAAAUGUUUCUCUUGAAUUACUAUUGGAUUUAGGUGCGCAAAAUUUUACGUUCAUUGGGAUCUGAUAAAUGUUUAUAAUAUCUAAAGGAGGUGGGGUGCAGAUGGAUGAGGCCAGGCUGUUCUUGGUGCAGCAACAGGACAAGAAGAAUAGCCUAAACUUUUAUGUGGGAAUCUCCAUAAUAAUAUGUGGAAUAACUUUUUUAUGGUAAGGGUGAUGGAGUGCUGGAACAGGCUGCCCAGAGAGGUUGUGGAGUCUCCUUUUGUGGAGGUAUUCAAGACCCAUUUGGAUGCCUACCUGUGUGAUCUAUUGUAGGGUACUUGUUUUAGCAGAGAGGUGGGACUCGAUGAUCUCUUGAGGUUCCUUCCAACCCUUGCAAUUCUGUGAUAACGUGAAGAUCCUGUUUGUUAUGCAAUCUGGCACAUAGUUGUUCUUGCUCUAACUUCGUCACAUGCCAUUAAUCUAGAAAAUUGCUGUGUGUAGACAAGUCCUCAGAGUGUGAGAUCUGUGAGACUGAAGUGGUUAUGUGCUGGAUAUUUUUGUGUUGGAACUGGCACCUCAAUGUGUGACUUCUGCGCAAAGCAGCACAGUGGCACCCUGAGCGACAGUGCCUGAGAAGCGGAGGGCAGCUCAGGCAUGCAGCUCUGCUCACGGCCUGGGUCUGAUGCAGGGGCAGGUGGCAGCCUCCUCACCAGGGCAGGGGGGAAACAGGCUGGGGGCUGAAAAGGGCCUGCCUGUGUGAAGGUGUGGAGUAGAAAAGGGAGGGGAAGGAAUGUGUGGUUAGAGGGGAGAUAGGGAGGCAGUUUUAGGAGGAGGAUUGGGAUGAAACUUAAAAAAAUAAAUUGACAUAUUUAAAAUGGUUGAUGGGCAGGAAAAAAAGACUGAGCGGACACUUUCUGGUAGAUCCUCUAUGGUUAACUGAGCCCUUGUCUGAGAUGGCAGUGGUGAGGAACCUUUGGUCGUUGGCUCUAGCGCUAUGCUCCUCGUGUUUGUCAUGGCAGGGAUCCAGAAGGACAGUAUGGAGCAGAAGGACCCAGCCCAGCUUGGGGAGUGGCUGCCAGCCCGGGACUGGGACUGGGGCAGGGGCAGCACUUAUCUGCACUUGGUAGAGGUUGGCCAUCCACACAGCCAGGUGCCAGGGCUGAGAUACAUAUGUUGUAUUUUGGGUGUUGGAAGGUUCUCUCGCAUUGUGCCGCAUUAACAUUAACCUGUGCUGCUUUGCUUUAUGAAGGCUGCCUGGUCGCCACGCUAGCUGCUGGUUGCACGCUCCUGUCUCGAAGACAGCAGCUGUCUGAAGCGGCUCGGACCUGCGGGGACAGCCUGGCCUCACCACGGAUGCUGUGAACUGGGAGCUGGCCAAAGUGGGAGAGCUGCUGGAUCCCUCCCAACAGAAAUCUCAAUGGCUUUUAGAAUUAAUCUGGAAGAGCUAUGGUAUUGCAGAUUUAGGUGUACCUCCAGAAUGAGAGACGUUGGGUAGAUCUCCAGUAUCUCCUGAUCCAGUGCCUACCAGGGCGCGUGCAGAAGGAUGGCUGCGGCAGAACCUCUGACCGCUUUCUCCCGAUGGUACCUCUAUGCCAUUCAUGGCUAUUUCUGUGAGGUCAUGUUCACAGCUGCCUGGGAGUUUGUGGUCAACUUCAACUGGAAGUUCCCAGGUGUUACCAGUGUGUGGGCACUCUUCAUCUAUGGCACCUCCAUCCUCAUUGUGGAGAAGAUGUAUCUGUAUCUCAAAGACAAGUGUCACAUUUUAGUUCGCUGCUUUAUUUACACCCUCUGGACGUAUCUCUGGGAGUUCACCACUGGCCUCAUCCUACGCCAGUUCAAUGCCUGCCCGUGGGACUAUUCCCAAUUUGAUUUUGACUUCAUGGGCCUGAUCACCCUGGAGUAUGCCAUCCCAUGGUUUUGUGCUUCUUUCAUCAUGGAACAGCUGGUGAUCAGGAACACCCUGCGCUUGAGAUUUGAUGAGACUGCCGAGCCAGGGGCUCCUACUGUUCCCAUUGCCUUGGCCAAUGGCCAUGUGAAGACGGAUUGAACCAUGACUCGGAGCCACCCUUAGCAAUCUGAGAGAGCCCAGACCUCUACCACAGGCUGUUAGCUCUGGCUUUGAGGUACUGCUCCUUGCUGUAUGAUAAGAUUCAUAAACCCCAUUUUUCUAAUGGGGGUGUGCAUGGGAUAUACCAGAAAAAAAAAAUGGAACCAAUAGAUUUUGUAAGGAUUUUACUCUUUGGGUUCCAAGGACCAAUAUCAGUUACUUGUUAGUUAGGUCAUUUCUGAUUUUAACUUAUUACAGAUGAAAGCAGUCCUUUUGCUUACACUUUCAUGUGGAGAAAGAAGGAGGGAAAAAAUACUAAGGUGGAAAAGUAUUCAAAAAGGAAAAAUGGAAUCAUUGGAGGAUGGUCAUGGACACGCCAGCAAAGUCAGUGAUCGGCUUACUCCAUUAGGCAAUAUUCAGGUGCUUGCUUGCAACCAAUACCUCCUGUGGGACCUGAGAUGCUGCAGGAACAAGGAAAAUCCGUCUGCUAUGGAGAAGAACCUAAGGCUGGCAGUCUGCUGGGGAGGUAGAUGGUGUUCCCCUCAUGAGGUCCCACUGGCCUACCCCGAGGUUCUUUUUUUGCACCACAAUAUAAUAUGGUGCUGGACAUCUUGCUGAAUUUAUACAAAUCUUGUACUUUUUGAAAUCUCGGUCCUGAUGAUAGAUUUUUUUUUCUUUUUUUUUCCUUUUUUUUUCUUCUUCUUCUUCUUUUUUUUUUUUUUUUUUUAAGAAAAAGCCUUUUUUGCUGAGUGAAUUUUACCAUAAUCUGUGCAAUCUGAAUCUUGGCAAAAGGCACAAUGAAUAUGUAAGUCUUCCCAUCUCCUCUGUCCCCCCAAAGCAGAACUUGUCUGAAGGGCUGCUGCAGAUUCCAGCUCUUAUCCCAACCAUGCAAACUUUGUAGAGACUAUACAUGCCACAAGAGUUUUCUGCCUUCCUUCCCAGGGAUUCCUCUGUUUCUGGUGAUGUUGAUGACUUAAUCUGGCUGCAACUCAUUGUGUUUGACCAAAGGUCAAAAUUUUUGUGUGGCUGAAGUGAUACCCAGCAUUCAGUCCUCUAGCACUGAUGGUCACCCUCCUCCAUCAGCACUGGCAGCCCAGUGGUCUCCUCAGUGUUCCAAGAGGAUUUGCUCUUCUUUCCCAAAUUCUAUUCUAAAUAACUACAGCAAACCUUUCCCAUGAGAAUAACUGCAGGCAGCAAGAGAUAUACCAUGCUGUCUGAUAUAGGGAGACACAUUACUUCCAAAAACAAACGCACUUCUCCCUGAGGAGCUCUUCUUCACAGUUUGAGCAAGGUUUUGGGUUCUAGUGUGAGAGAAGCAAUAGAGAGCUGUAGGAGCAGGGAGUGCUGUGGCUCCAUUUUGGAGCUGCUUGCAUGGGGGCAGUUUGAAAUUUAACCUCUUGGGAACACUUGUAGAGUCUGGGAAAAGCUGUAGAACAGGAAAGGUGCCUGAUACUGGCAACCACAGGUUAAAUAAUGUGCUUUGGUAAGCCAUGGCUGUCAGAGUUAGCCACAAAAGUGGAAUUUCCUGUUGUUAGAAAUAUUGUGCUCGUGACAGCUUUACCAGGCAGGUUUGCUGUAAUUGUCUCAUAGGACAGAUUAAUUUUGAGUGUUCCUAUACUGUAAUCAGCAGAGCUGCAGCAGGGAUGAAUUUGGCUUGAAACACACGUGUUUGUCUGGUUGUGGGUUUCCACUCUUGCACUGGAAGUAGCCAGGUUAUUUUUGUGCUGCUCCUCUGUCUGAGGUAGAGCUCAGCUGUGAACGUUGUCCCUGGGGAAUCUUCUCCCAAGGGGAGAAGCACUUCUAGCCCUGUGAAGGGAAUCAUUGUCUGGUUCUGCCCCUAGAAAGCCAGUGUUAAUCCUUUCUGUGUUGCACAGUGUGCAAUUAUUUUAUUUCUCUCCUUCCCCCUUCUCACAUGACAUCCAUUGCUGGCAAUGGACACAAAUCAAUGGUGUCAAGGAGUUAAUCACAUCUGCCCUAGGAUACACAGUGUCUCUUAAAGCACUCUGAAUGUUUAGAUGGGUAUUUAGGGUUUCCUUUUUAUAGACCAUUAAAUUAAAAGAGAGCAAAUACUGAGUAGAUGUAUAUACUUUUUCCUUGCUGUGAUGCCAGUAUUAUAAAACCAGAGAAGCAGUAUGUUUGUCAGUCCUGAUGGUCUCGCGUGUACAGACCCAGGCAAAACAGUCACCUCGUGUAGUGCAGGGGGGCAAAAAGAGAUGAGCUCUGCUGAAUUAGAACAAGAACUGCAAGGUAUAGAUAAGAGCUGGGAUCUCAUCCCAUAUCUGGAGGUGUUCAGGGCCAGGCUGGAUGGGCCCUGGGCAGCCCUAUAUGGUGGGUGGCAGCCCGGCCCAUGGCAGGGGGUAGGAACUAGAUUUUCUAUGAGGUCCCUUCCAACCUAAGCCAUUCUAUGAUUCUGUGAUGUCCCCGCUUUGGCCCUAAUUCUGUCAGGGUCAUGCAGUACCUAGAGCCGGGCUAUUCUGGCUAUUCUCUCACAGCACAGCAUGGCUGUGGUGUGAUGCUGCCUCUUAUCUCCCCACACCAUCUGAAACCCUCAGUUUCAUAGAAGCAUUCCUAGGAUCUCUGCUUUCUCCUUAGCAGCUACAAAACUCUCAGAAGUGUUAGAAGGAGCUAGCAGCAUCAUUUGGUGACUCCAUACCAGCUGCAGGUGGGACUAAGGGAGGAAGAGUUCACAGAGCUAACUUGGUACACAGCCAUGUGUUGUGACUGCAGAAGUUUCCACCAAAUGGUACAGUUCUUGCACAGUGAUGUAAUAUUUAGGUGCUCAGGCUAUGGAGGCGUCUCCCAGCAGCUACAACAUCUUAUUCUAUUAUCCCUAUUGCCUAUGCCAUUGUAACCACUACUCUGGUUUGCUUUCUAGCGAUGUCUGAUGAGUACCACCUAGAUAUUACAUCCUUAGAGACUUGUAACUUACACCCAGAAGUGCACUUUUCUUGCAGUUUGCACACCAGAAACAGGAAGGGACCCAACAAAUUAUUAAAUAAUUUCAAAUAAUUCCCUGGACAACAAACGUUAUUGCAGGGUUUGCUUUAAUACCAUGUACCUAACAAAGCAGGGUUAGCUAGACUUCUUGCUAAGCAAUGUGGCUUUGUCUCUUCUGCAAAAUCUCUCUUUUUAAUACGUGUGAUGCUUCUUACAACAUCUUACAGGAGAAGUGCCCAGAGCACGUUACUGAGGUCUUGGUGGCAGCUCAGCAUGAGCUCAGGAGCUGGACUGAAGUGAUAGAGACACUUACAUUGUGAAGGAAAGAAAAAAAACAAAAAACAACGCACAAGGCCUAACCAUUUGUUUGUAUGUGUAUCUUCCUUGGUAGAUUAAAGUUGCCUGUUUUGAGUUCACCAGCAAUAAAAAAAAAACUUGUGAUUUA